AUGGGCGACCGAGGCGAGAUGCCCAUUGAGGCCGCACCGGCCGCCGCGCGCCAGCACUCGCUCGAGGUGCCCGAAAAGACGGCGCCCCUACGCCCCUACGGCAUCAACUACCGCGUCGACCCGACCGUCUCCUUUGCCGAGUUUCGCUACUGGGCCAAGGUGGAGCGCGAGGAGGAGCGCGAGGCCGAGCGCCUCUACCUCGAGCGCCGCGGACCCAUGACGCUGAGCAAGAUGGUCAAGAGCCGCUUCUCCAAGGGUGUCCACCACGAAACCAAGAAGAUGGACGAGCGAGAUGCUACCGCUGCCGCCGCCACGAACCCCGGGCCGUCGACUGAGGAAAAGGGCGCCGCGGUCGACGGAGAUGGCAAGGUCUUGGCGGCGUCCAACCCGGACGAAGACAAGACUGCGCCGAGCGUGGCGCAUGGCGGCUCCAGCACGACUUCGCUUGACGAGGAGUGGAAGACAGCCGCCAGGGCGAUGCGCACCGCUGGCUGGGGCUCCAUCUUCUUCCUCGUCACCACCGAUAUUCUCGGCUGGUCCAACACUCCAUUCGUCUUUGCGAGCGUCGGAUACGGCACCGGCGUCGCCCUCUACGUCGUCUUCGGCAUCGCCGCCACGCUCAGCGGCCUGAUGCUCUGGCGCAUGUUCACCACGCUCGACUCGUCGCGCUACCCGAUGCUCAGCUACGGCGACAUCUUCUUCCGGGUCUUCGGGCCCAAGACGCGGCACUUCAUCAACGUGAUGCAGUCGCUGCAGCAGUUCUGCACCGUCAUGGUACUCAUCUUCAGCAAGGGGCGCGUCAUCUCGCUGCUCGCCGGCCCGCAGCUGUGCUUCAUCGUCUGCAUGAUCAUCAUCAUGGCCAUCGGCAUGGUGUUUGGCAGCAUCCGGUCGCUGCAGCGCCUAAGCUGGAUCUGCAACCUCUCCGUCUGGUUCAACAUAGCCAGCUUCAUCUCCAUCAUGGUCGCCGCGGCAAAGUAUGAACCCUUUUUUCCGCCAAUCUUUGGGUCGACCAUCCUGCCCAAGGAAAAGCUCCCGGUCAAGACAUUUGCAGGCCUCGUGCCGGAUGCUUAUCAGCAGCAAGCACACGGCUUUGCCGGCAUCUUCAACGGAGUUGACAACAUGGUUUAUGCCUACAGUGGUGCUAUUCUCUUCGUUGCCUUCAUGUCGGAGAUGAGACACCCCAUGGACUUUUGGAAAGGCAUGAUUUGCGCCCAGGCCUUCAUCUGUGUCGUCUACCUCUUCUUCGGCCUCUUCGUGUAUAGCUACUUUGGGCAGUACUCGGCUUCCGUCAUCUAUCAGGUCAUCAACCCUGCCGGACUGCGCACGUUCAACAACGUCUUGAACCUUCUGACUGGUCUAAUCGCUGUCGUGCUGUACUUCCACGUCGGCAUGAAGACGGUCUACAUUGAAGUGUUCCAAGAGAUGUUCAAUUUCCCGCCUAUUGCGUCAAGCCGCGGUCGGUGGAUGUGGUACGCGCUCGGCCCGCUCUACUGGAUCAUCGCCUUCCUCAUCGCCGCCGCGGUGCCCAACCUCAACGGCAUCGUGGGCUUCGUCGGUGGCCUCUUCGCCGUCAACUUUAGCUACUCGCUCCCCGGCAUCGCGUACCUCGGCUGGUCCGUCCAGUCCGCCGCCGUGCUGCCCGGCGAGGGGUUCAACCCAGAGACAGGCGAGAACGUCGUGCAUGACAGCGGGAUGAAGCGGUUGGCGCGCGGCUUCAUGGCCAGGUGGUACAUCCACGUCCCGUGCGCCAUUUACGCCUUGGCUGGCCUGGCCACGUCGGGUAUGGGAACCUGGGCGGCGGUGGAGGGCUUGAUUAGUGUCUUCGGACCCGGCGGCACGGUGGCGACGUCGUAUGGGUGCCGCUCGCCUGUCUGGGGAUAA